AUGGUGAACCCGGACCCGCAGGUGCGGGCGCCGCAGCGGGUGUUCGUGGACGAGGUCGGGGAGGCCGUGCGGGACAACUUCCUGGGCUUUCUGCGGAAUUUCCGCGCCGAGGAGGACGAACACGGCCAGGAUGUCAUGGACGCCCAGGAGCCCCUGUACGCGGUGCGGCUGAUCGAAAUGCUCGAGAGUGAGCGCACGACGCUGGCGGUGGACUUCGCGCACGUCCUGGCGCACUCCGCCGUCCUCGCCGAGGCGAUCAGCACGCACUUCUACCGCCUGGAGCCCUACCUCAGGGAGACCGUCCUCGAGCUGUGCGAGCAGCUCCGGCCGGACCAGGCGUCCGACGACCACGGCCCGAAGAUGUUCUUCGUCUCGUUCUUCAACAUGGAGGCCACUCUCCGCCUGCGUCAGCUCCAGGCCGAAAAGGUGGGCAAGCUGGUGGCGUUCUCCGGGACGAUCACGCGGACGUCCGAGGUGAAGCCGGAGCUGUUCCUCGCGUCGUUCAAGUGCGCGCAGUGCGGGCAGCUCGUCCGCGGCGUCCAGCAGCAGUUCAAGUACACCACGCCGACCGUGUGCCCUGGCGCGGCGUGCGGGAACCGCCGCGACUGGACGCUGCACCGCGAGGAGUGCCGCUUCGUGGACUGGCAGAAGCUCAAGGUGCAGGAGAACUCCUCCGAGGCUCCCCCCGGGUCGCUGCCGCGCACGCUGGAGGUGGUGGUGCGCAACGAGCUGGUCGAGACGGCGCGCGCGGGCGACCGCGUGACCUUCACGGGCACGCUCAUCGCGGUGCCGGACAUCAGCGUGAUCACGGCGCCGGGCGAGCGCGUCGUCGCGACGCAGAACGCGGCGCGCGGCGCUGGCGGCGGGGGGAUGGGCGCGGGCGAGGGCGUGACCGGGCUCAAGUCGCUCGGGGCGCGGGAGCUGACGUACAAGCUGUGCUUCCUCGCGACGGGGAUCGAGCACGCGGGCGCGGGCGGCCUCGGCGGCGGCCCCGGGCUGGCCGACGUCCUGGGCGCCGCGGGGGCGUGGGGCGCGCAGGACGACGAGGGGCGCAGCGAGGAGGAGGAGCUGCGGGACUCGUUCACGCCGGAGGAGCGCGCGGAGAUCGACGGCAUGAUGAUGGACCCCGGCAUCGUCAACAAGCUCACCGGCUCGAUCGCGCCGGGGGUGUUUGGGCACAGCGCGGUCAAGCAGGCCAUCCUGCUGAUGCUCCUGGGCGGCGUGCACAAGGAGACGGCCGAGGGGAUCAAGCUCCGCGGCGACAUCAACGUCCUGAUCGUCGGCGACCCGUCCUGUGCCAAGUCGCAAAUGCUGAAAUAUGUUUCCUCGUUUCUCCCGCGCGCGGUGUACACCUCGGGCAAGUCGUCGUCCGCGGCGGGCCUGACCGCGACGGUCGUGCGCGACAACGACUCCGGGGACUUCUGCAUCGAGGCCGGCGCGCUCAUGCUGUCCGACAACGGCAUCUGUUGCAUCGACGAGUUCGACAAGAUGGACGAGAAGGACCAGGUGGCGAUCCACGAGGCCAUGGAGCAGCAGACGAUCUCCAUCGCCAAGGCGGGCAUCCAGGCGACGCUGAACGCGCGCACCUCGAUCCUCGCCGCGGCGAACCCGCGCGGGGGGCGGUAUGACAAGUCACAGCCCCUGAAGAAGAACAUCAACCUCCCCCCCGCGAUCAUGAGCCGGUUCGACCUCGUGCACGUCAUGAUCGACGAGCCCGACCCCGCCGCGGACACGGCGAUCGCGGAGCACAUCGUCGGCGUCCACCAGAACCGAUCCGACGCGUUCUCCGUCCCGUACACCACCGAGCAGCUGCAGCGGUACAUCAAGUACGUCAAGACGAUCCGGCCGCAGCUGACGCCGCAGGCGAUGCGCGUCGUGGAGAACGUGUACGUCGAGAUGCGCGCGCGCGACGCCACGCCCGGCCAGUCGUCGUCCUACAAGGUGACCGUGCGGCAGCUGGAGGCCGUCAUCCGCAUCUCGGAGGCGCUCGCACGCGCGUCGGGGCGCACGGACGUGACCGUGCAGCACGUGCGCGAGGCGCAGGCGCUCCUGCAGCGGUCGAUCGUGACGGUGGAGUCGCGCGACGUUGAGCUGAUGGAUGAGGCGGGCAUGGGGGAUCUGGACGAGGCGGCGCUCGCGGAGCUGCUCGGGGAGGAGGCGGACUGGCUGCGGGAGCAGGAGGACCGGCGGGUCGCGGAGGAGGCGGCCGCGAGGGAGGAGGAGGAGGCGGCUGCGGCGACCGAGGGCCAGGCGCCGACGAUGAGCUCCGCGGCCGCCCCGGGCGCCGGCACCACUGUCCGCGUCGCCGGCAACAAGGCGCGCUACAUCAAGGAGCAACUCCUGCUUGAGAUCCUGCGGCGGCAACAGGAGGCCGCCAAGGCCGAGACGCAGCCCACGCAGGCGAUGGACGUCGACGGUGCGCCCGCGCCGCACGCGGAGGCGGCGACGGGCCACGUCGCGCAGGGGGUGCUCGCGGAGUGGUAUCUCCGGGGGGAGUUGGAGCGCCGGGCGAUCAACAGCCGCCAGGAGCUCGGCGCGGAGAUCCAGGCGGUGCGUGCGGUCAUCAAGAACAUGGUCGAGCAGACCGGCGAGCUCGUCGUCGUGGCGCAGCCGGAGUUCGACCCCGAGGCGGACGAGGACGAGGGCGCGUACCAGAGGCGCAUGCUGGCGGAGCGCGUGCUGGCGCUGGGGCCGAAUUUCUCGACGGACUUCGACGCGGAUGUCGCGGACGCGAUGGAUGCGGGCGGGAACGCGCAGGGCGGGGACGGCGGCGCAGGGGGCGCGGCGGGCGAUGAGCCGGCGUCGCCGUCGCGGUGA